AUGAACGCUUUGGUAACCUUGCUAAUUGAAUCACUGCAUACGGCAAGUUGUGGUCUUACCCAUCCCGAGGAAUAUCCACCCAAUUAUGGUCAGGAUGUUAUGCUGCCAAACGAACCCUUAGAAUUUGAUUUUGUUGUUGUGGGUGCUUGUACAGCAGGCUCUGUGGUGGUCAGCCGUCUUAGUGAGAAUCCCAAGUGGAAUAUUUUGCUCCUGGAAGCCGGUGGAAAUCCUGUGGCGGAAUCAGAGGGACUUGAGUGUGGAUUUGCCUGUAAAGCCUUUGAGGAUGACAGAUGUUCCUGGAUCCAAGGCAAAGGCCUGGGUGGUUCAGGUUCCAUUAAUGGCUUGGUACAUUUAAACGGCUUUGCCCAGGAUUUUGACAGUUGGCGGGAGUUGGGCAACCCUGGAUCGGGUUAUAAGGACCUCCAGCCUUAUAUAGAGAAAAUUGAGAAAAAUCAUGGUAACUCGAGUCAUCCCAUGGGAUUUUUGGAUCUCGACAAUUUCGAGGGGGAAGUGGAGGGCAGUCAGGUGCAAAAUAUGAUUUAUCAACAACUAAUACACAAUCGAGGACCCUUAUUAACCAUAGGAGUCACACGGCUGGUGGGUUUUGUUAAAUCCCAUUUGAAUCUAACCAAACCCGAUCUUGAAAUGCAUCACAUGUUUUUCCGUGCAGGAAAUAUUCUCGGACUCAAUACUUUACUCACGGGUUUGGGAUUGAAAUCGGAAUAUAAAAAUUUCGUCGUUAAUUUAGUAAAAUCUCAAGUCCUGCUAAUGAUGGCCCUUUCAUUGGUCCAGCCGAAAUCUAGAGGCCUUGUCUAA